GCCCUCGACUCCCUCCCUCCGAGAUCGCUCUGCAGUACGUCCUUGCGCAAUACGUUCGGCCGUUUGUUCCGAAAGAGAGACAAAGGUCCGUAAAUUUCGUUCGUGUCGCGCGACAAGGAACAGAGGUCGAACAAGGUUGGCAGAGCUGGCUAUGGGUAAGAGUCGACGUUCCCUGGGAGUUCGGUUGGUCCUGGCACUGGCAAUACCGACCGUCUACUGCGUGAUUGCGGGCCUCGCUGGAUUUGCUACUGUCAAGACGAUCCCCAGCGGUGACACGAGCGCUGGAUUCGGCUCCUCUCGAAAGCUGCUUCAAGUAGUCGACGUCGUCACGGAUAACGAGAGCGAGACGACCUUGGUGCUCAAGCGUCCUAGCAACUGCACACCACCGUCCAUCAAAGAGUUCCCUUCGGAUGGACUCACUCGCGAGCAGCGUAAAAACGGUUGCAUUGUCGUCCACGUGAUCGUGGCCAUCUACGCCUUUCUUCUGCUUGCCAUCGUAUGCGAUGACUUCUUCGUGCCCUCCAUCACCAAGAUUUGCGAAAAACUCGGUGUGUCGAAAGAUGUUGCCGGCGCGACGUUCAUGGCAGCAGCUUCAUCGAGUCCGGAAUUGUUCAUCAACAUCGUCGGCACCUUCGUGACAGAAGGAGAUCUAGGAGUCGGCACGAUCGUCGGCUCCGCCGUUUUCAACAUUCUCGCGGUCCCUGCUUGUUGCGGUCUAUUCGCCAACCAGGUAUUAGAUCUGGAAUGGUGGCCCAUAAGCCGAGACAGUUUGGCUUACGGAGUUACCGUACUUCUGCUUAUUGGUACGUUACACGAUGGUCGUAUCGAGUGGUAUGAAGCGUUUAUUCUCGUAUUAUUCUACGUUUUGUAUAUAUUAGCUAUGUGCUUCAACACGCGUAUCAGCAGCUGUUUGAAUCUCUUUGUCUCCAAACGUCGAAGGAAGUACAAGAACCUUAGCGAGGAGAGCCCAUUGAUUAUCAAGGACAAGUUUCACGAUUCAUUCAAACAAUCCAAGUCGGGCAGACACGACGGACUUUACUUGAACGCGAAGGUCAACGACGGUUUCUAUCACAAUGGAGACUGCAAUGGAAUCAUUGAUGUCGAAAGUCUAGAAUCAAGUCAAGAUUUUAUGGAAAUCGUAGACAUGACAAGUUGGCCAGACAACGGUUUAGAACGUUGCUGGUGGAUCCUCACAUAUCCAAUCAAUGCGGUACUAUUGAUUACUAUACCCGACUGUCGUAGACCUUCGUUGAGAGGAUGCUAUUCUCUUACCUUCUUAAUGUGCAUCGUGUGGAUUGCUCUUAUGUCCUACGUUGUUGGCUGGGAUAUCACGAUCAUUGGCGACACCAUGGGAAUCCCAGAUUCGGUUAUGGGUUUGACGUUUCUCGCCGCGGGUAUGAGCGUUCCCGAAGCCGUGUCCAGCAUCAUCGUGACGAAUCAAGGUCACGGAACAAUGGGUAUCAGUAACUCGAUAGGAUCGAACGUGUUCGACAUCCUCUUGUGCCUCGGUCUACCGUGGCUAAUCAAAUCCACGAUUCUCCCAACGACAGAAGGCCAGCACUUCGUACAGAUAAAUUCGGAAGGCUUGAUUUACAGCUCGGUGUCGCUGAUGUCCACCCUCGUUCUGCUUUACGUCGCGCUGUGGUGCAACGGAUUCAGACUCGACCGGAAAGUCGGAAUCGCGUGCCUCUCCCUGUACUGCGUUUUCCUUGCCUUCGCAUCGCUCAUCGAGCUCAACGUAUUCUUCACCGUCAAUCUGCCCACGUGCGAUCACUGACGUUGAUCGCUUCGGGAAACGGAAACGUCGCGAAAGAUCUGAUAAGUAGCCGGAAGAGAUGACGAAUAAUUGGAUGUUUUUUUUUUUGUUUUUUUUAAAUUCUUGCUGUUAACGUUGACGAUUCUGUAUGUGUCAAGUAGCUGCCAUGACGAGGAUUCGCACUACUGUCAUGUCACUGUUUAUAUUCGUAUUUGAACUUUUCUACAAAAUCACUCGCUAAACGUGAGUGUAGAUCAAUAAACCAUAGUCCUAAUGCAAUAGCGUAGAUGAUAGCGUGUAAGAGGCGAAGUUUGUAUUCGUCAAAGUGCAAUGUCGCAAUGCGGAAAUCAAUGAAGCCGCAUGAUAAUUAUAUGACACGUUACGUUGUAUAAUCGCAUGUAAAUAGCUUAAUCUGUACAUAAACGUAAGCUUCGUGAUGAUUAAAAAUUGCUUUGA